GGAAUUUGCAGUUUCCUCACAGUUCGGUUUGUUCUCACCGCCGGAGAAAAAAGGUUUGGAUCGCGGAUCAUCAUGUCUCAGGCUGAUAAACUGAAGGGGCAGUUCACCAAUCCAGAGACGCCUGGGUACGUGGGCUUCGCCAACCUGCCCAACCAGGUCCACCGUAAAUCAGUGAAGAAGGGCUUCGAGUUCACGCUCAUGGUCGUCGGUGAAUCCGGUUUGGGGAAGUCCACUCUGAUCAACAGCCUCUUUCUCACUGACCUCUAUCCAGAGAGGGUCAUCCCCGGAGCUGCAGAGAAGAUCGAGCGUACGGUGCAGAUCGAGGCCUCCACCGUGGAGAUCGAGGAACGUGGAGUCAAGCUCCGUCUCACUGUAGUGGACACGCCCGGAUACGGAGACGCCAUCAACAGCCAGGACUGCUUUGACACCAUCAUCGCGUACAUCGAUGACCAGUUUGAGCGUUACCUGCACGACGAGAGCGGCCUGAACCGCCGGCACAUCGUGGAUAACCGCGUCCACUGCUGCUUCUACUUCAUCUCUCCUCUCGGCCAUGGGCUGAAACCGCUGGACGUUCAGUUCAUGAAGGCCAUUCACAACAAAGUGAACGUCGUUCCUGUGAUUGCUAAGGCUGAUACGCUCACGCUGAAGGAGCGCGAGAGGCUGAAACGCAGGAUUCUAGACGAGAUCGAUGAGCACGGCAUUAAGAUCUACCACCUGCCAGACGCCGAGUCGGACGAGGACGAGGAGUUCAAGGAGCAGACGAGGAUUCUGAAGACCAGUGUCCCGUUUGCAGUGGUGGGCUCCAACCAGCAGAUUGAGGCUAAAGGGAAGAAGGUGCGUGGGCGUCUUUACCCCUGGGGCGUGGUGGAGGUGGAGAACCCCGAACACAACGACUUCCUUAAACUGCGCACCAUGCUCAUCACCCACAUGCAGGAUCUACAGGAAGUGACCCAGGAUCUGCACUACGAGAACUUCCGCUCAGAGCGCCUCAAACGGGGCGGCAGGUUGUCUUCCCAUGGUUACGUUCUGCCUCUGUCGCCUGCAAAUGGUCCGGAGCCUGAGGAACUUGACAAAGACAUAAUCCUCCAGGAGAAGGAGGCAGAGUUGAGGAGGAUGCAGGAGAUGAUAAUGAAGAUGCAGAAGCAGAUGCAGAAGCAGGGUGACGGAGAUGGAGACGUCUGAGCGGCUUGGUGCAGAGCUGCUGACUGAACACCAGACGUGGAGAGAGAGGAAAGAGAAGAGACGAGAUUCUGGUGCAGGUCUCACUACGCCACUCCUUUAGUUUUUCUACUUGUUUGGGAUAUAAGUUGUGUUUCCUCUUGUAAGCAGUAUUAUUAUUAUCUUUAGUUAUUUUUGUAUUCAUGUUAAGACUCGUGUGCUGAUAUGAAGUGAUAAUAAUGGGAGGAUAAACAGAAUUAACGCUUUUUAAAUAUGAAGAGAUUUUAAGUGUCCGUGAUAUUAUUGUACGUUUUGAAUUUUGCUUCUCACGCCGCCAUCCAGACUCCAGUUCCUGUCACCGUUUGUACCAGAUUCUCGCCCCGUGUAACCGAGCUGAGUCCUGAUGAACCUGUGUAGUCGUUUGUGCUCUUUGAGGAACGGUUCGGCCCCGAAUUUUAGCACCAUGCCAACUGUGAAAUGAGGGGAUUGUGCCAAACACCGUAGCAUUGGUUAGAAAAAGCAUGAUUUUUUAAAAACAAUAAAAGUUAUUCGUUUUAAAUA